UAUAAAACACUAUGUCGAAUCCACCGCAGGACAGCAAAGAGUUAAUAUUAUUUAAUCACACACUGCUAGUGAAAGAAUUUCUUUUCAGCGUCCGCUCCUGCUCCUCUCCGUCGCCACCACCGCCGCCUCUGCAUCGUCAUCACCAUCUCCCCGACUUCUCUCUGUAACGGAUAGGCCUCACCUCCGGAACGGAACUGACUCCAGUCUGCUUUCGGUUUGGCCGUCGCGAAUGCCAGUGCGCCGAGCUCAGUAGAAGCGCAGCGUUCACGACGUACGCUUCGCUAACGGCCGAUCACGCGGUCGUCGUUCUCGGAGUCGUCGGCCCGAUUAAUUUUCCGCCGAUCGCAGGGGACCGUCCACCCGCGCCGUUAUCGCGUUCAUCUAACAAUCCCGAAAAAAAAACCGAAAGAAUUCACGCGCGCGCGCGAAAGACGAGGAACCUGGUGAACCGAGAUCCUGCGAUGACCGGAUAACGAAUCAGGAUACCGCAUGUCGAAGGAAUGAGUCCGAACAAUUUCGAGGAUCCACGGGAGAAAAGCUCGAUGUUCAAAAAGAGCCUGCGCAGCCGGUGAACCCUGACCGCGCGAGGCCGCGAGCGGAUGCGUGACUGCAAGGAUGCGCGCACGCAGGAGACGGUGCGUGAUAUCCCGGUGACGACGACGGCGAGCCAAGCACACGCGAGCCAGCACGCACGAGUCCACGCGACAGAGCAGAGACCGCAACCGCCGAUGCCGCGAUGAGGCUGGGCCCGAUUAUCCUGUCGUGGGCAGCCACGGCCGCGGCCAGCCGGCUGGGCCCGUCGAGCGGAAGCGCGGCGGCACGGACGUCGCGCUCGCGGGACUACGAGCUCUCGACGGAGUUCUUCCUGGUGCCGUCCGAGAUCGGGCACGGUCUGGCGAGCGUGGCGAGUGUUAUCAGCGUGCCGGCGCCCAACCGGACGGUCACCGUCUUUCGCACGCCGCCGGGCGUCCGGAAGAGCCAGGAGGUGGAGAUGCGACCGACCCCCAAGUCCCUGCUCAAGCAACGACCCUGGGCGCUACCGCUUGCCGCGCUCAGUGCCGCGGCGAUGUUUCUCAUGGCUGGCUUCGAGGUCUUCGUACUGUUCAAGGCGAGAGCAACGGCGCCGAACAGACGACACUUGUUCCUGGGCCAGGCGCUGCUUCUGGGCCUCUUCCUCCUGGCAGGACUCUCGGCCGCGGCUUCCCUUAGCCAAAACCCACUAUCCUGUGCCGCUUUUCGAUUAGUGGGCCUGCCUGCAGCCCUCGUAUUUGCCGCUCUACUGGUCAAAUGUGUUUUUCUGCUCUCGUUAAACAGCGGUGUAUAUUUGCCGGCGCCUUAUCAGGCGCUGGUGCUGGUGUUCGCGGUGUUGGUGCAAGUGGCCAUUGUCGGGCAAUGGUUUUACGGCGAACCACCUGCGGUGAUCCAGGUGCAGCAGCAGGCGGGCGCGCCGGGCCAGGCCGCGCCGCCGUCCGCCACCUCCUGCAAGACACCGCUCGGACAGAUAGUGGCUUCCCUCGGGUAUCCCGGAGCGCUGCUGGUAGCAGUGACUUGUCUAGCGGUACGGGCGCGCGGUGUCCGAGACAAUAAUCGCGAGGCGGCCUUCAUCGGCCUGGCGGUCGGCCUCUCGCUGCCGAUCUGGAUCUCCAGCGCGAUCGGCUCGCUCGCGGCCGGCAGCGAGGACGACCGGGAGGCCUGGCUGGCCUACGGCCUGCUGGCCACGUCGCUCUUCGUCUUCCUCACCAUGUUUCUGCCGAAGGGACGCCAGCUGGCCGCUCUUGGUCGCGAAGGGCCCGCCGCGGUCAUCCGCGACCGCGACGACGCCCUCAGUUCCCUUCCCGGCAGCGGCUAUUCGCCCUCCUUCUUCCACUUCAAGCCCGCGGAAGCGUCCUUGAAGAGGAAGAUGCAUUACCACAGUGCCGAUCGAGUCGCACUGGUCUCGUCCGGGAUACCCGGAUGCAGCGCCUGCAGGCACGGAGGAAGUCCCAUAUACUCGGACGACGUACACGCACCGAUGGAGACGUUCGUCUUGCCACCCGGCAUGUACUUGAGGCCGGAAGAUACUGGAAAACUCUACACGACAUUGUCGGCCAAUCCCAAUGUGUUCUUCCAGAGAGCGGCUCAUCCAGGGAUGAUGUAUUGAUAAGACGGGUCUUAUCGUCAGUGACAAUGGAUACUCACUUUUGUAUCGCGCUCUAGAUUAAAUUGCAGUCGAGAGCGAAUGUCGCUCUCUCGUCGCUGUAAAUAAUUCACUUGACGAGCGCCGCAAGAAAUAUUGUGAAGCAACUCUAUAAACUUUUUUUACAACUCAGAUGAUUACAGAAUGUGUUUUGCGAGAGAUGCAUAUAAUUAAUUAUAAAAUGACGCGAAUAAUAAACGAGUCUGUGUUGCGAACUGUUCAUGGAAAGGAUUCCUGCUAAAACUUAAGCGGCAGACUACAUAAUGACAGACUUGACGUCACAUGGCACAACGGCAGUAGUGGGAGAAAGCUAUCUUCCCUCUACAUCUGUCAACAAUAUGGCUCCGUAACAAGAAACGCGUCAGUCCGCAGCGAUCGGACGUCCAGAUGUUAUUCGUGGUGGGAAAAGCGACGAGUUUCGUUGGCGGAACGGCAGUUUCCUCGCGUUCGACAUAGCCGAGUGAAAGUAUCACGCGAGCGUACGGCGCGCUCACCACGUCGCACCACCUCGUUUCUAACCUGUCGAACGAUGAGCCAUCAUCUGCCACUGUGCGGAGUCACCGCGACGUAACUCGUUCGUCCACGCUACGUGAAUUAUAUAAAUUCUCCGUGAAACCGCGUUCGAGUCGC